AGGAAGAUGUAGAUGGAUCAUCUGCUGAAUCCCAAAGCAGCUUCAAGGAAGACAGCUGUCCUCAGCCCAGUGCCCAGAUCCAAUUUCCACUAUGGCCUGCUAGUGCUUCUUCUGCAGCUCUUAGAAGUGGUCAACCACCAGCAACGCGCUUCUGGCCCCAAAACACUGAGUGCCUCAUCCAGGAGGGUCCUGACGCAGGGGACAACUCACCUGUUAUGUCGUUAGCUGAUCAAGAUGUCACCGUGGUUCCUGCAUCUCUCCAGUCACUCUCUAAUGUCAACCAACCCAAGGACUUCAUUCGCUGCCUGCCACCUCACCUGUCCAUGUACAUCCUGGGGCUUUUGGAUCAAAAAUCUCUCAAUGCAUCUGCUGCUGUGAGUAGAUGCUGGGCUUUUCUGGCCAAUGAAGUCAAGAGGGAACGUGUGUGUCAAAGCAUAGUACAGGAGAAGAUCCUGUAUUUGCAGGGGUUAUGCCCUAGAGGAGCAGUUUCAAACUAUGCUAAAACAGUCGAUGUGACAAUUCCGCAGUUAAAUGAAGAGGGUGAUGUCAUCGAAGUGAAAGGCCACAACUGGGGCAGUAAAACGAAGGAGGAGGAAGACAAUCUGCAGGCGGCCUAUCACGGUCUGCAAACUGACACGAUUCAGCUGGAAGAGAGAAAUGUCUUCUGUGGCUCCUACAAUAUUCGUGUCCUCACAGACAAAUCAGACGGAAGCAGAAUAAUCCAUUACAGCGGUGGAAACUUGGUAGCCAUUGGCUCUGCAGACCGAAAAGUGAGGCUUCUUGGUAUGCCGGGAAUGAAAGAAGUGCCGCCUUUGCUCUCUGGCCACGCUGGGAGCAUCAAAGCACUGUUCCUCAAUGAGAAGAAAGGGUUUGUUCUCAGUGCAAGCUUUGAUCUCAGCAUCAGAUGCUGGAAUAUAUACAGUGGUGCUUGUGUGAAAAUCUUUAAUGGUCACCGUGGGACAAUCACCUGCUUGGAUUUACAUGAAGAGCAGUUUGUGUCAGGAGCCAGAGAUGGGAUGGUGAAAGUGUGGAAUCUGGAGAGUGGGAAAUGUCUCAAGACUCUGAAGCACAACAGUGUUGUUUGGGUAGUUAAAAUGGAUGGCACUCAUGUUGUCAGUGGGUGUGACCGAGGGCUGGUGAAAGUCUGGUGUGCUGAUACGGGCACUCUGAUCAAAACAUUAGAGGGGCACCAAGGCCCAGUUAAGUGCUUGUCCUUUGACCAGUGGCACCUAGUCACAGGAAGCACCGAUGGAUAUGUCCUGGGAUGGAGCAUGUUGGGAAACCUUAAGAGAUGCCUAAUAGCUUUCCGCCACCCGAAGGAAGUUCUGUCUCUGGAGUUCCUCUAUCUCAGAGUCAUCAGCGGCUGUGCUGACGGAAAGAUUCGUAUAUUUAACUACUUGACUGGAAGCUGCCUGAAAGUGUUGAUGGCCAAUAGCAGAGGGGACCCUGUAUCUUCUUUCUGUGUUACAGGAAACAGGAUGGUGAUCAAUUCACCAACUAGUCUGUUGAUGUUCCAGUUUGAGGAUGUCAGGUGGGACUAUACCUUAGAUGCUGACCGAGAGAUGGUGGGGAAGAAAAACCAGCGCAACGGGACUUCAAGCAGAACACCGCUUCACCUUCAGCGAACGAAACGCCACGACCUCGGGCAGAUGCAUCAACUUGUUCUGGAGACGCAAGCUCUUGGCUAUGAACUGAUGAAAUCAGCAGCUUGCCAGCAACAGCAGCAUUUUCUCAAGAUUGAAAAGACUUUUCGUAUUCAGGCAGAGCAGCAGAAAAAGCUUUUCAUUCCCGGAACCAAACAACCCCAUGCCUUUGCCUCAGAAAAGUCAGCGAGAGCACGUUCUGCAGGAAUCCCAGCAGAUACUGAGUACUACCCUGCCAACGACGAUCACAAAAACUAUCCUCAACUCAAAUGUGUUGUUUUAUUUUUGGAAACAGAUGGCAAAUCUGAACAUGGCCCUUCUCUCUAUGUACCUGCACAUCCUGACAGGGCAGAAGCCACUUUGCAGCAUGAAAAAGGAAGAGGCCCAAGUUGUCCAAUGUCCCCUGACAAGUUCUUCUUAACGGUCAACAUGCUGCAAAACGCCUGCAAGUCGGCCCCAGUCAGCUCCAGUAUUAAGCACACUGCAAAAGUCAGGGAAGCAUGGGAACGUCAGCAAUACCGCCCUGAAAAGGUACAAAUAUACAAAACCCCUCUGCAACACAAAAAGGAUCAGGCACUCCAGCUCCAACGUGUGAGAUUGCGCAGUGAUUCUCUGACUAUGAAAAGAAUUUCUAUACCUUUUGAAACCAAAAUGCUGCAGCUCAAGCUGAAAAACUCUUUGCAUGGCCCCACUGUGAAUUCCUCCAUCCCUGCUCCCUCUGUUGUAUGUCCCAAGACUUGUGGUUUGCUGCGAGAAAAGAAAGCUCACAGUGGUCGUGAUAAAGCUAUUCCUCUCACCAAAGAUGGGGUUCAGCUUAUCAAUCCCUUUACAGCUUCUUCUGAACUGAUCAAAUCAACACAAGUGAUGAUUGCACAAAUGAAGAAUGAAGCUGUUUCUAGGAGAAAAAAGCCCUUUUGUCUGUAUGCUGCAGACCCUUCCCGGAGUGACAGUGGGUUCAGGCUUCUGACAGGAAAACAGAAGGAGGUGUAUGAGGCAGCUACUGUAGCUCAGUAUCGGGCACACCAGACAAAGCUCACAGAAGACCAGCAAAGAGCAUGCAAGAAGGCCUGGUUAAGGAAAAUUAAAGGCCUACCUAUAGACUCUUUUACUGAGGAGGAGAAAACAGCUGCUCCUGAACUUGGGCUUAAUACAUUUAUCUGA